GUCAGGUCAGCAGGGAAAGCGCAAUCCUCUUCGGUCACAGACCAUCAAUCCCUUCUUAGAGAUGCUUCAGAAAGGCUGUAUUGCAUUGCUGUUUGCCGCUGGGUUCACUAUUCUGGUAAGCAUGUACCUGGGUAUCCGUCAGCCGACCCAUUGCAGGCUUCCUCCCCAGAGACAACAACCUUAUACAGACCCCACCAAGCUGCCCUUACUCCUACUGUGGUUCUGGCCAGAGAACCUCAAGUUUGACCCACGUGAAUGCCAGACAGAAUUUGGCAUCAACGAGUGCAGUGUGACAGAUGACAGAUCCGUGUAUGAGAAUGCCGAGGGUGUACUGAUAUACCACAGAGCCAUCCGCUCAGAUUUGGCCAAUCUGCCGCCUCGUGAACGCCCACCUUUCCAGAAAUGGAUCUGGUUUAACGUCGAUCCCCCAACAAAAACACAGAACCUGACCAAUUUGGACAACCUCUUUAACCUGACCAUGAGCUAUCGGAAAGAUGCAGACAUCACAGUGCGUGUGCGAGUAUUAUCACACAAGAAUCCAGAGGAGUUUGUGUUGCCAGUGAAGGACAAACUGGUUUGUUGGUUGAGCGAUGAAGAGGACUUGGGAGUGGCACGUGACUACUAUAAGGAACUUCAAAAGCACAUAAAGAUUAAUGUUUUUGGUAAAGCCUUUGGCAAACCCAUUAAGCCUGAUAUUUACUACUCCACCAUAGCCUCCUGUAAGUUUCACCUAUCCUUUGAGAACAGCAUACACCCAGAUUACAUUACAAAGACCUUGCACGACCCACUGGUCUCUGGAACCAUUCCAGUGGUGCUUGGUCCCCCGAGAAAGAACUAUGAGGACUUUAUACCGCGGGACUGUUUCAUACAUGUAAACGACUUCCCAGAUGCUAAAGCUCUGGCAGAGUCACUCUCUCACCUUGACUCUGACAACAGCACCUAUCAGAACUACUUUGCAUGGCGCAAAUAUCUGUAUGUAAGGCCCCGACAGCUAAAGAGUGAGAAGCAGUUCCUUCAUGACAUUUGCUUGGCGUGUCAACACCUGGGGAGGAAGAGGGUGUACCGGAGAAUCCAUGAUGUGUACAAAUGGUUUUACGGUCGACCAAAAUGGCUCCCGUAGACAAUCACUGUAUCAUGGCAGCGGCUGUUCAAGAUUGUGCAGGACAAGAGGGAUGUUUGGAACGUUCUGGUUAUCUAUGCUGUGUAUUAGGUUAUGAAAUGAUACAAUAGGAUUGCCUUGUUAUGAAACUGUGGGUUUUAUGGUAUUGAAUGUAUUAUUAUGACUGCCGCUAGCGAAGCUACCGAAGCUAGCGAAGCACUCAUUUUAGCGAACCCCCUCAAUUUGGUGGGCCCCACUACACUUUAACAGAAAAUUUUAAUUUGGUCCCCGGGUGCCACCCCCCCUGCGCUGGGCCCCCCGAAACCCAAAAAAUGCAGUUUUUCCUAAAUAACUACCUGAACCGGCAGCAUUUCCAGAAUUGGCGUUAGUAGUCGUUUGUCCACCAGAUGGCGCAUGUUGCAGUGAGACGUAAUUUUGUUGGAAGUUAAUCUAAUGUGGGUUG